AUGGAGGACGGUCGGCUUAAGGUUAUUAUUGCGGGUGCGGGGAUAGCUGGCCUCGCCACGGCUAUUGCCUUGAGACAGCUUCCUUAUGUCGACGUGGAGCUGUACGAACGGUCUCUCGAACUCACAGAAAUCGGCGCAAGUAUCGCCCUCAGUCCGAAUGGUCUGCGCACACUGGAAAGACUCGGUGUGAACAAUGCCCUUGACGAUGAAGUGGCAUUUCGGGGCCCAGCUGGGAUACCGAUGAUUUACAGGCACUGGAAAACGAAUGAGAUUGUCAGUGUUGACCAUUUCGAGGCCGUCUCCGACCUACGCCAUCAGACUGCCAGAUUUCAUCGAGCCCACCUCCACCAGGCUCUCCUGCAGCAUGUUCCCAGAGAACUGAUUCAUUUGGACAAGAAAGUCAUUGGAGCCAAGGUCGAGGACCACACCGUGAGCUUGGAGUUCCAGGAUGGUACAACAGCAGUGGGAGAUCUCUUGGUCGGAGCUGAUGGCAUCAACUCGAAGGUCCGAAAGGCCUUUGUCCCUCACUUUGAACUAAGCUACACGAACCGGACUGCUUUACGAGCAACAUUUGACAUGUCUUUGGUCGAACAUAUCCCAGACCUCCCUUUUGACUCAACUCACUGGUGGGGACAAGAUCGCAAUUUCUUCGCUUCAAGGCUGGGUCGGAAUCAAUUCACCGUGGUUGGUAUGUACAAUCCGGCCAAUCUCCCCAAAGGCCAUGAUAGUGGAAUAGGAAUUUGGAACGACGUGGGCUCUGUUGAACUGUUCCGCGAGCUCUAUCGGGACUGGAACCCUGUUGUUCGUGCUCUUACUGAAGCAACACCAAACGUCCGACGGUUCCCCAACUAUGCGGGUCAGGCGAUAACGACCUGGGUGUUCGGCUCACGCGCUACACUUGUUGGCGAUGCGGCACACGCCCAUGGCGGGGCCCACGCGACGGGGGGCUCACUUGCCCUUGAUGAUGCCUAUGCGCUUUUCCUGUCCCUGAGGCAUACGAUUCCCGAAUGGCAGAGCUCGAAGCCCUCAAACUCCCAACUACAGACGGCUUUGGAAUUGUACGAAGAGGCGAGACGGCCACACACAGACAGACUCUUGCGCAGCGUCCAUUCCAGCAUGAACGAAACACCACCACAGACAGAUGAGGAGCUGCGGCGAAAGAUGCUCAAUCGGGCCAGCACUACCUGGUUGAGCGAACACGACGUCGAAAGGGCGUUCGCUGGAGUGGUCGCAGCCCACAUAGGACGUGAUGAUACGGUUGUGCGAGAAAGCAGACUAUAG